AUGGUCGUCCGAGUAGAUGAGGCGCACCCGUUUGACCUGGGGGCGUACAACGCGAGCUACAACAAUAGAACCGCAAUAUAUCGACUUCUGUAUAUACUUGAGCUCUGUCCCUCUCUCGCCAAGGAGGCGUUCCAACUUGCCGUGCAGCGCAUUAAAGCAGGGCGUGACCCUCAGUUGUAUCAGAAUGCUCUCAACCUCUACAAUACAUCUCUUCCAGAAGGAUCAGAGGGGGAAGAAGUGGAUGCAGCUUGGUUGGAGAAGGUGGUGGCGAGCAAUACGAGUGAGAGGAAUAAGUUGGAGGUGGAGUUGAAGACGUACACCAGUAAUAUGAUUAAGGAGAGUAUUCGAAUGGCACAUAGGGAUCUGGGGAACUUUUAUAGAGCGACUGGUGAUGACGGUGCUGCACUCAAGCAUUACACGAAGUCUCGUGAGUAUUGUACCGCGAGCCAACAUGUUCUGGAUAUGUGUCUGUCCGUUCUGGAGCUCCUUGUCGAGCAACGCAACUAUGCACACAUUCCAACAUACGUCUACAAGGCCGACGCCGCACUGGACGUUGCUACCACAGGGGCUUCCAAUUCAGGAACUUCUCAGCCCUCUGGACCGACACAAUUGCACCGAAAACCGGGUGGCACGACUCAGUCUGCGGAACGCGAGAAGAUACAAACGAAGCUUGACGUCGCCACCGCUGUAUCGUAUCUAGGUCAAGGGAACUAUGAACGUGCCGCUGUGACAUUCCUAAAGCUAGGACCUCCAAAGUCUUUGGAGGACUGGAAUGGGAAGAUCAUCACUCCCUCAGAUAUUGCUAUCUAUGGCACUCUGUGUGCUCUUGCUACGAUGUCGCGUGGUGCCAUCACAGCGCAACUCCUCGAUAGCGAAACUUUUGCGAACUAUUUGGAGUAUGAGCCAUACGUGCGCGAACUCGUAAAUGCGUAUAUGGGAAGCAAGUUCAGGAACGUGCUUGAACUUCUCGAGAGGUAUUCUGCUCGCCAUUACCUUGACAUCCACCUCAGUAUACACAUUCACGACCUAACGAACCUCAUCCGAGACCGCGCUCUCGUACUCUACUUCCAACCCUUCGCAUCCGUCAAACUACAAAAGAUGUCAGUAGCGUUCGGUAUCCCCGUAGACGAGCUCGAGAAGCUCGUUGUGGGACUCAUUCAGAGCGGGAACAUUAAGGGACGUGUGGAUAGUCGCAAUAAGAUUUUAAAAGCAAGUGUGAUUGACCAACGUGCGGAACUCUUCGCUCGUGCUGCGCGAGCUGGUGCGGAGAUUCAAGCUAUGAAUAGGAAAUUGUUACUUCGUAUGAGAUUACAACAAGCAGACUUGAUUGUUAAACCACCGAGAGCCCCGAAGCAGGCACAAGGAUCGUCGACAUUAAGCGCCGGGCCAUCCUUCAAUUUGGAGAGUGGGGAGAGUAUUGAGGUGCAGUAA